AUGCCAUUCGGCCUGCUCACCGCUGAUAUGCAUCCCCGCUGUGCCGUCACUGCGGCGCCUGUUUACUCCGCGAUUCCAGUCUAUACCUUUGAUGGCGACGAUGACGACGACUCACUGAAGGAGUGCGACACGACGCCGCCGCUGAUUGUGCAGGCGGACGAGGGGGGAUGUGUAAUCUUCGACAUCGACCCUUUGGCGUGGAUGCUGUAUGUCAUCGACGAGGAGACCGAGGAUGAGAUGGGUGGGGUGGUUAUGGAUGGGGAUAGGCCCGCCAACCCAUCCACCAACCUCCACGAGCUAUCCACACAACGACCCCAAAUCUCGAACAAGAGUAGUUCACCCAUGCUAUUCAGCUUCGUCACCAAGACCAUGGUGUUCAGCUACACCCCCAGCGUCACCGCUAACAAGAAGGAUGAUGGCAAGAAGGAUGUUGGCAAGAAGGAUGUCGGCAGGAAGGAUGGUCGUGCCGGCACGCAAGGUCACGAGGAGAAGAGUGGUGAUCAGAAGCAGGGUGAGGCUGCGGGGAAGCCAUGGGUGAGCGCGCUGUAG